CGUUUCAUCAACGAUCGCAUCGCAACUUUAAUGCCAAAAUAUCGCACAUUUCUUAUCGCAUCGCAAUUUGCGUUUCAUCAAAUAUCGCAUCGCCGAUUUGAGUUGCGAUAUUCGCACAUCGCCAAUAAUGAGGCUAUUUUGCGUUUCAUCAAAAAUCGCACAUCGCAAGAGCACCUGUUUUUUGCGAUAUUUUGCUUAAAACAUGCGAUCACACAAACCCAGUCGCAGACGGUAAAAAAAAAUUCAAUAUGGCCGACGUGUUGUUUUUUUUUAUGGAAAAUAACGCGAGAAGGACAGAGCGGGAGUUCCGGCCCCGUCUGGAGAUAGGCGGGGUUCGCGAUAUCGACUUUGUGAAUCGGUAUCGGGUAAACAGAACCACCGCACAGGAGCUAGUGGAGCUUCUGGGGCAGGAUCUUGCCAGAUCCGAACGUGGCGGAAAAACAAUUUCGCCAGAGACCAAGAUCCUCGUCAGCCUAAGAUUUCUUGCGAAAGGGGCAUUCUAUUCGGAACUAGCCGACACCCAUGGCAUCAGUCGCUCGAGCGUGUCCAGAACUGUGCAUAACUUUGUGGAGUCUGUCAACAACAACCUGGACAAUAUUAGGUACAUACUUUAACUGUAAGAUAGAUUUGAUAUAAUAUUAUUGUACUUACAGUUACAAACAGACAAUCUUAAGUCUACGGUUUUUCUUUUUUUAUCUGUCACACUUUAGUGUCCAUAUUCAUUGUCAGACUUUUACCUUAUUUUUUAUUUUUUUUUAUAGCAGCUCAUAAACCAAGGUCAAGAUCAGCAACUGCAGCACAAUUUUUAUUCUUAUAAGUUAUCUUUAAUUUAUUUUUAAUAAUGCUAUGAUCUUAACUGUCUAAAUAUUAUAAUUGUAUAUCACAUGCCAUAGUUCUUUCGUUUUUAACAUGUUAAAAUAAUCACGUUUAUUGUAUUCAGGUUAAUUAAUUUAUUUAUUUAUUAUAAUUGAU